AUGUUUCCAGCGGUCCGCCGCCCACUGGCUCGGUCGUUGCGAGAGGGGGGGGGGAGGCCGAGAGAGGACUGCCUCGCCUCCCUCCUACAGGGGAGCCCUUCGACGGCUCAGCUCGAGCAGGAGGCGCGGGCCUGGCGGCCGGAGGGAUCCGCUCCCGAGUUUUCCCGUCGCUGCCCCUCGAGCUACCUGGCCGGCCCCGGUGCCUGCGCCUGCGCCCCCGCCCCCUCCCCAGGAGGCCGCAGGGCUGGCCGGGAAGGGCGGGCCUGGACCCCCGCCAGCCCCGAAGGAGCGGCGGGGGAGGGGAGCCUCCUGCCUCGCCCGGGGGGAGGUCCGGGACCGGGCGGGGAAAUCUGCCACAACCACCGGAGCGGCGGAGACGCGUCCGGGGGUCGGGCGGCUCGGCGCCCCUUCCCGAGCUGCGCUGGGCCGGCUCCCCCGGCCGGCCGCGCUCUCCAGCUGCAGGAAAUUCCAGAAGCUCUCCAUCAUCCGGGCGCAGCGCGCAGCCCAGGCUGCCAAGGCUCCCCGAAGGAGAGCCACAUGCCGGCCGGCCGACCGCGGGGCCCGCCCUCGCCCCCACCCUGUCCCACUCGGCCGGCCGGCCGGCCACGUAGCCCGGCCCGCCACCCCUUCCCGCGCCCCGGGGGCCCGGCGGAAUGCGUGGCGGCCCCGGCUGGGGGCUAUUUUGAGCGGGAAGGGGAGCGGCCCGGCCGCGGUGUUUUCGGCUUUUUUCCUGGCCCCCGGCCCGCUAGCCCAGGCCCUCGGCUGCCCGCGGAGGAGGGACACGUGGAAGGGGAGAGGAGGGCAGCCUCGAUCCGGCUCCGGGCUGGGGAGGGCCCCCGGAGACAGCCGGCCCGACUUGCUUGGCUCUGCGGGCCGAGCGACGGGAUUACUAAUAGCGCCUUGCACGGGCGGUGGCUCCAGGGCGCCCGCUACCUGCACGCCCCUCCUCCGGUGAGCGCCGGCGGCCGGGGCACUCCCUCCCCAGCGGCGGACUCAGGCCUCACUGGAUAGCGCCUUCGAGCACCAGUGGCCAAUCACCGGCCUCGAUUUCCUUACCUCUCCAUCUCCAUGUGGCCUCCCCGACAGUGGAUGAAGGACAACAGCCUCUUAGUUCCUGCCCUCCAGCUGUUGAUGGCAGAUAAUGAAUGGUUCUACCUGAAGCUCCUCCCCCAACCUCAGCCUGCCCAGAUUCUACCCGCAUACCCCCAGCUCCAUCGGCCCACCAGGGUACCGAUGCUUGCCUCCUUCAAGCAAUCAGGAUUGCUCUACCUCCACCCCUGCCAGAGCACUUCCUACAGUCUGCCUGAUAAUGUUAUCCAAUGGCACUGUCCACCCCAGUACCUGGCAUGGUACCCAACACUCAGUUGGGUGCUGAGUGGAUCUCAUCUGACUGAUGUCCUCCGCCAUGUCCAGCUGAUACCUGACUGUAGCGGCUACUAUUUACCCGCUAGCUACAAGCCCAGCACCACCUACACUGUCCCAUGGUCCCAUGAUGGCCCUUGCUCAUAGAAGCCUUACAGCCCUGGACCUGGAACCACACCGAUCCUUGCCUGUACAUGAAUCUCCCCGUCUAUGCCCAUGCUUCCAGAUGAGCCCUCCAGUCUGUACCACUCAGACCUCCCAGAUAAACCACCUGUAAUCCCAGAAGGCUGAAGCGGGAUGGCAAGUUCCUGGGCUACACAGUGACUUCUGGGGAUAGCCUGAAUUACAGGGGGAGACCUUGUCUCAAAACAAGGCCAAGUGUGGUGCCUCACACAGAGGCAGGAGGAGCUCUGUGAGUUCCAGGCCAGCCAGGACUAUGCAGUGAGACCCUGUCUCAGAAACAAAACAAACAAACAAUCCAAACUUUUCCAACUACAUGUUUCCAGUCUAAUGAUCUAAUCUAAUCCAGAGUCUGAUGCUAAAGACUUCCUGUGUCGGGGCUGGAGCGAUGGCUCAGCGGUUAAGAGCACUGGCUGCUCUUCCAGAGGACCUGGGUUCAAUUCCCAGCACCCACUUGGUGGCUCACAACCAUCUGAAGACUCCAGUUCCAGGGGAUCUGACACCUUCACACAAGUGCACAUAAAGUAAAGGUUAAAUAAAUUACAUUAAAAA